AAACACCUACUAGUGGAGCAAGCCAGCACAACAUUGCAUUUUUUAGAGAAAAUUUAAAGAAAUAAGAAAAUUAUGUGAAUUUAAGAACAAAUAAUGUUUUAUUUGUAAGAAUUAAACUAAGACAAGCACAAUAACAGUUUUAAUAACAAUAAUAUGGAUCCUUUAAUAUUCUUUAUUGUCUUGUUGGUCAUCUAUGGUGUAUUGUUUUUCUUUGAUCGUUUUUUCAAGAGUUGUAUGCAUUAUCCUUAUGAUGCAUUUCUUAAGAACUCGGGUUUGUCUAUACAAUUUUUACGUUUGAAAUGGCAUACAACGGCAUUUAAUCGUCUGGUGUUGAGACUAGGCAAUAGUGGUGGUUCUUGUUGCCGCAGCUGGUUAACUAGCAGUUUUACCGUGGGUGUUUUAAUAGCUUUAUCUUUGGUGCCGGUGGGCAUUAUUUUAUUAUUUAUAACCAUUUUUGGAGGAGGCACUGGUGCGGCUGCAGGAAACGUAGCUGAUGUGGUGGGAGGGGCGAAAGUUUUAGAAAAUUCCUCCAAAACACAAACUAUAAGUUUAGAAAUUUUAUUACCGGGUGUUAAUUUACCCCUAGAGGAGAUUGGUUACUAUGUAGCUACAUUAUUAAUAUCCACAGUUGUGCAUGAGCUGGGCCAUGCCAUAGCAGCGGUGCUGGAAGAUAUACCGGUUACAGGUUUUGGAUUUCAUCUGUACUUUUGUUUACCCAUUGCCUACACAGAAAUAUCCUCAGAACAUUUAAAUGCCCUUAAAUGGUUAAGGAAACUACGUAUUCUGUGUGCUGGCAUUUGGCAUAAUUUUCUCUUUGCCGCCUUUUGUUAUUUGCUGCUAUCCACCUUAGGCUUUGUGGCAGCACCUUUAUAUAGUCUAAAUAAAAAUGUUAUUGUCACGCAGGUAACGCAACAAUCCCCAUUGAAAGCCAAGGGUGAUAGAGGUCUUAUGGAGGGUAAUAUUAUAACACAAAUCAAUGACUGUGAUGUUUACAACGAAGACACCUGGUAUAGGUGUCUGCUAAAAGCUUUAAGAACCAAACCCGCCUUUUGUGUUUCCUCCGAUUUUAUACGUUUAAACGAUGAAAGCAUAGAGAUAUCCCAUCACAGUUCAGACGGCACUUUACAGUGCUGCGAUGACAAGAAUGCCAAGCUGUGUUGUUUUGAGUAUAUAGAUGAUUUUAGCAAUGAUGCACCAGUGGAGAUACCACAACAUGUUUGUCUCGAUAUAAGACGCACCAUGGAGGAUUCUUAUGGUUAUUGCUCGCCAGUGGGCACUUGUGAGAGAGGAUUUUGUUUACGACCUCUGUUGCGCAAUAGCACUACGAUAAUGGUAUUUAAACGUGAAUUGUCUAUAUUGCAACAGCCAGCUGGAGAAUUGGCUGCUUCUGCUAAACCUUUAAAAAAUGUCAUCUAUAUGGGUCAUCCUUUAGAUGUUACACACUCUAUACGUAUAUCGCCUUUUGUGCCUAAACAUGCGUAUAUCAGUCCAAAAUGGUGUGAUGCUUAUCUUUUGUUCCUGAAAUAUAAUAUAGUUUUUAGUUUGGGUUUGGCCUUCAUUAAUGCCAUACCAUGUUUUGGUUUCGAUGGUCAUCAUAUCACCAAUACCAUUGUCAAUAGUUUUCUAGUCAACCGUAUAACAGAAAAACCCAAACGCGAUGUUAUUUCUCUAAUAGUCACUGGCAUUGGUUCAUUACUAUUUGCUCUAGCAGUACUCAAGGUUCUAUGGCUGAGUCUUAUAAGGUAUUUAUUUUAAAAGUAAUAGAUUGUUUAGCACUAAAUGAAAACAGACACCAAAAAAAGAAAAAAAUGAAACUCUGUAGUUGUAGCUAAAAUACAUAAACUAUUUAUGUAUUAUAAGUAAAUUAAGCUUGUGUAGUUAUUGUGUUUUUUUGUAACGCAUAUUUUAUACAUAUAAGGAGUUAUCUCCCUACCACCCUUGUUAUUUGGUGGAGGGAAAAUCACACAAAAUGAAUCUGCAAUGAAAGUUAACAAAAUUACACUUAACAUAGAUAUUUUUUGUAGAUUUUAAAAAAACAACGAAAAGUUGCAAAAUUAAACGCUCAUAUAUCGGUUAAAUGCAUGCAUGACAAACAAAAUAAACAAACCCACCUCCCCCC